ACAGUGGCUCUUUCGUCCCUUUCCCUUCCCUUCCGUUUCGAUGCCCUCAAAUGGAGCUCGGCGAAACCCUAAUUCGAGACAUCGCUCUCUUCCCCGCGGUCCUUCAGCCAUCGUCUUUGCUCGAUCGCGAGUUUCCAUGAACUAGGAGACGGAUCUGGUCGCUUAGCGUUAGGUUUUGGCCAUGGCAUUGAACAGUGACCCUUUCGUUCCUUUCCCUUCCCUUCCGUUUCGAUGCCCUCGAAUGGAGCUUGGCGAAAUUCUAAUUUGAGACCUCGCUCUCUCCCCCGCGGUUCUUCAGCCAUCUUCUUUGCUCGAUCGCGGGUUUCCAUGGAUUAGAAGGCAGAUCGUCCGCUUAGCGUUAGGUUUUGGCCAUGGCAUUGUCUCACACGGUGUUCGGGCUGCCGCUUCGGUGCGGGAGCGUCGGGAAUGCAACUUUCGAGGAGAGACGGAGGUCCUUGGCUUUGACCGGCGUCGCAUCUCUUGCUUGCGGCAGGGAAAGAAGGGUCCUCAGUGAGCCGUCUCCGGAGGCCAAGUCUCGUACUAGCCGCAUGGAGAUCUCUGGUCAGGCAAAGAUGAAGGUGUUGGAGGCCCCGGCCAUAGAGAAUGGGCAGGUUCGAGACACGGUGGAGAUUCCUGUGACUUGUUUUCAGCUCUUAGGUGUUACAGUGCAAGCUGAAAAGGAUGAGAUUGUCAAAGCAGUAAUGGAGCUGAAAAAUUCAACAAUUGAGGAUGGAUACACUGCAGAAACAAUUGUUUCUCGGAAGGAUCUCUUGAUGGAUGUAAGGGAUAAACUUCUAUUUGAACCAGAAUAUGCUGGCAAUAUAAAAGAGAAAGUACCGCCAAAAUCUUCUCUUCGAAUUCCUUGGUCUUGGUUGCCUGUUGCUCUAUGCCUUUUGCAAGAGGUUGGAGAAGUAAAGUUGGUUCUGGAAAUCGGCCGAGCAGCUUUACAACUUCCUGAUGCUAAGCCAUAUAGUCAUGAUUUGCUUCUCUCUAUGGCUCUAGCUGAAUGCUCAAUUGCAAAGGUUGGUUUUGAGAAAAACAAGGUAUCUGAAGGUUUUGAAGCUCUUGCACGGGCCCAGUAUCUUCUAAAGAGCAAUGUCUCUUUAGCGAAAAUGCCAUUGCUAUCACAGGUAGAAGAAUCUUUGGAGGACCUUGCACCUGCUUGCACGUUGGAACUUCUGGGGUUGCCUCUUAUUCCUGAUAGUGCUGAACGUAGACGUGGGGCAUUAGCAGCAUUGCAAGAACUGAUUAGACAGGGCCUAGAUGUUGAAUCUUCCUGUAGAGUUCAAGAUUGGCCUUCUUUCUUGAUUCAAGCUAUGAAUAGGCUAAUGGCUACUGAAAUAGUAGAUCUUCUUUCUUGGGAUACUUUGGCUGUUACUCGCAAGAACAAAAAAUCAAUCGAGUCUCAGAGUCAAAGAGUUGUACUCGACCUUAAUUGCUUUUAUUUGGCCAUGGUCGCUCAUAUUGCUCUUGGGUUUUCGAUGAGACAGAAUGAGAUGAUCACUAGAGCAAAAGCCAUUUGUGAGUGUUUAAUUAUAUCAGAUGGAGCAGACUUGAAGUUUGAGGAAGCAUUUUGUUCAUUUCUUCUUGGGCAGACUGGGGGCAUGGAGACUGUUGAAAAGCUUCUGCAGCUUGAAACAAUAAGGAGUUGUACUUCGCAGAAUUCACGAUCUGGUAUGAGUGGAACAUACAAGGACAAGGGCACUGUGAACCAGACAUUGGAAACUUGGCUGAAAGACGCUGUUCUAUCUCUCUUUCCGGAUACACGAGAUUGCUCUCCUUCUUUGGCCAACUUUUUCGGGAGCCCAAAGCGAAUUCUUAGCAGUGGCAACCAGAAGAAAAUAGGGACCAUGAAGACACUUCCUUCAGCCGGACACUAUGUAUCAUCUUUUGGUCUUUUAGUAGACCAUCGAACUUCUGGUGCACAAUCUGCAAAGGUUAAUUCAACCAAUAAUUUGGGAGAAGCUGUCAAGCAACUUGCACCAGUUAAUUUGCAGAGCCAAAUUGCAGUUGGUAAGACUAAUGGUAAUGCUAGCUUGCUAUCUUCUCAGCUGAAAAGAAAUCUUGAUUUGCAUCAUCAAGGUUUCUGGGAAAGCUGGCUUAAUAAAGGAGAUAUAACAGGAAAGGUUGCCUAUAUGACGCUUGCCGGAUGCAUAUUAUUUGGUGCAUUUAAGCUACUUGCUAUGCAAUUUGGUCAUCUGAAAAUGCCACAUGAAUUGAAAUCAAUUAACCAUUGCAUUACUAGUGAAGCUGCUGCUUUGAGUCAUUUUGCUGGUGGAGAUAGCACAUCUGCUUUUAGAGGUAGGGAUAUAAUGUGGCAGUUACGGAAGCUUUGGUCAAUGUUCAGCCAACGCCUUGAGCAUAAAAUUAGUGUUGGAAGCAUGCAGAAUGGGUGGCCCACCGAUCUCUCACCUUUGUCUACUUCUGCUGGUUUUAUGAUACAUAAACGGCACAUGGCUCUUGAAGAAGCAGAAGCACUGGUCCAUCAGUGGCAAGAUAUAAAAGCUGAGGCAUUAGGUCCCAGUCAUCAAAUUCAAUUGCUGUCCAAUAUUCUUUCUGAAGCAAUGCUUUCAAAGUGGCAAGAUCUGGCGAAUUCGGCAAAAGCCAAAUCCUGUUUUUGGCGAUUUGUUUUAAUACAAGCCGCUAUUCUGCGUGCUGAGAUAGUAUCAGAUGGAGGUGAUGAUGAGUUUGCUGAAAUCGAGGCCGUGAUUGAGGAAGCUGCUGAACUUGUAGAUGAAUCUGAGCCAAAAAAACCGAGUUAUUACAGUACAUACAAGGUUCAUUACAUCCUGAGAAGGCAAGAAGAUGGUUCAUGGAGAAUUUGUAGAGGUGAUAUCCAGAAUCAAACAUGAUCUACUCCCAUGAUAAAUCAGCUCAUCGGUCAGGUAUCUUACAAAAUCAUCCUUCUUGCGAUUGAUUUAGGCACCAUGAAGAGGGUGGUUUAACAUUAUCCAACUGUACAGGAAUAAUGAAUCUUAUGGUCUCAUUUUCCUUCAGAUGUCUCAGCUGGCUAGGGUUUGUGUAUAAUGUUGCAUACAUGUAGGUUGACUGAUCAUACUCAUGAACUGACGACAUGUCUUUGACCACAUUUAUGCCUUCACAUCUCUCUAUUGAUUCCCUUUCCUACUACCUUUUAUAUGUGUAUGUUUGUCUUAAACUGGAUGCAUUCAUUAUACUAUUGGAUAUAUGCAUUGCCAUUCUUUGUGUCA